UUCUUCAAUAACAGAAUGAAGCGUAAGCUGAUAGACGCCUUCGACAGAGAAGAACAGAAAGCGCCCCGCCUUGAGCAGUUCAAAUCAGAGAGACUCGUGCCAGCAUUACCCCAACCGUCGGCUUCAGCACAGCCUAUGCCCACAGAUGUAGAUCUUCAUAAUGUUAUGAUGAACUUUGUAAACAUUUAUGAGAAGCUUGACGCUAGUGAUGAACUUUUGGAGAAACCGAACUAUUCUUACACAGAGUUAGUUUAUUUAGCUAUCUUACGCUCUCCAAAUUUUUGUCUACCCAUAGGCGAGAUUUACAAGUACGUCCAGAACAGAUUCGUCUUCUUCAGAAACAACACUCGGCUACAUUGGAGAAAUGCCAUUCGUCACAGUUUAUCCAAGACCAAGUGCUUUACCAAAAUCAACCUAGGCCGCGGUUCCAGCGGAUCAUCAAACAGAAGUUGCUUCCUGUGGUCCAUCUCUCCUGCCAGUAUCAUCAACUUUGCUCGAGGUGAUUAUAGACCCAACGUAGAUAGAGACAGUGGUACCAAUACAUUGAGAUGGGGCUACUAUCAUACCAACGCCGGAAACUUCUGGGAUCAGAUAGCUGUUGUCCUUGAGAAUAAGAUAGAAUUCUUCAAAGCUACAGCUGCGAUUUGUCCUACACCUGUCAAAGUCUUCCAACAACAGAUCUGCAACCUACCAAACCAAAGUGUUGAAUCGUCCACGAAUAUUCCACAGAGUGCCAUCAUGACCCAGUCUACAGAAGCAUCGCCUGUUUAUCAGCCUAAACAGGUAAUAACUCAGCAACAAGCCAAAGUCCAAUCAACGCCACCACCAAAUGUUGUAUGUCAACCCAAUGGUACCAUCUAUGCAACACCAGUCAGCACCCAGUCCACGCCACCACCAAAUGUUGUAUGCCAACCAAAUGGUACCAUAUACACCAGUGCUACGCCUGCAGGAUAUUCCAAUUCCACACCAAUUGUUUACUCCAGUUCCACACCGAUUGUCUUCAACUCUUCAGCGACUGACGGCAACACCAGUACUGAGAGCGAACACGUCCUUUCUUCAAAUGGUUCCUAUUCUUCUCCAGUUCUAAACGAUUGUAGUCGACUCAGUUCUAAUUUGUCCAGUCCGAUCAGUCUUCCUUACGACAUCGGUACCUCCUGCUACCAACCUGUUAGUCCACCACCAUCGAGUUCCUGCAUGCAGAGCACCCCUCACACCGAUGUCAGCCAGCUAUGGAAUCAACAGAGUCCUGAAAUCACCAGCGGUAGCUUCACCAAGGACAGUGGUAUCGAGCUAUCUUGCUCCGACCUCGAGUCCUUCCAAGAGUCCAUCCAAGACCUGAUCCCACUAUACGAGACCGCAUCUGGAGACACAAAGCAAAUUUUCCCAGAAAUAGAUUUGAGCAGCUAUGCUCAUGUGCAACCCAGCCAAAGAAACAUCCAAGAGACAACUUCGUUUCCGACACACGUCGUGGGAACCCAACAUCUCCACCCGAAUGUGAUCCCACAGACUAACGCAUCAAAUAGUGCUAUCAUCACCAACUCCAAUGGACAAUACCAACCCUUUUCCUAUACUACGUAUCCCCAAUACAACUUCAGCCAGGCAGCAACGACGGCGAUUCCGAACCAAGUGUAUACGUUCAAUGCUGCUACCAACUCCUACCAACCAGUUCAGUGGUAUCAAGGCUAAAUGUGAGUGAUCCGAAUAGACUUCUGUGAUAAAAACGUGCUUCGUUGUGAUUU